AUGCCUUUGGUCAUUAGCUGCAGACAUUUUAACAGGUAAGAGCUUAUUAUCUGCUGCCUUGUGUUUUAAAGGUUGCCAUUGGUCUGUUUUAAUUAAUGUUGUAUAUUAUUUGUUUGCAUAUUAAGAUUGUUGGUAGCUGCCCCGGGCUCUAGCAGGAGGGAGUGUGGGAUAUGGGAACAAUUAAUAAACCUACAAAUGGCAUGUAAAUGAGCUCACAGGGGUGCUUGACGCUCAACCACUUCCCUUCUCAGAAUUGCUCUCUGCUGCCACCCCUCCCCAGAAUAUUUACCCUUCCCAAAGGCACAUCUGGGACACCAUGGUGAAAGGGAGCAGGUAAAAUGACAUGAAAAGCUCCUUUGGGGAGGGGACCAUUCCAAGUGGAAAAGUCCCAGGUGAGGCUGUACCACUUGCUGGUUUUUUCCAUUCCAAAUGUGCCCCAUUCAAAAUCCAGAAUUUGUGGUGAGCAAUUCUGAGCAGUGAAGUGGUUGAGGGUCAAGCAGCCCUUUAUCCCAACCCCUCCUCCUUCUCCUCUUCCUCCAUUAGAAACCGUAUAUUCCCAAGUCCACUUCUUUUAAAAAUAAAUAAAUGGUGGAGCUCCUUAAAUAGAUAUAAGGUGUAGUUUGCCCUUUAUACUUACAGAGGAGUCAAAAUUGCCUAUUUCUAGAGAGGGAGGGAGAAGACAUUGGCCUACUUAUCAGCAGUCUGGCACUCUCCAUUGACCUUUCACCUUUGCACAAAAAAAAUUCCUCUCCUCUUGCAAUAAAGAUGUUUUUCAGCCCACCAGCAUCACCCCAGCCUCCCUCCCCCCCAAAAGCUAUGCAGGGAGGAGCUGACAGUCCAUUCGUGUAGCUUGGGAAAUAAACCUGCCCACCUUCCAUAAAGGGAUGGGGAUAGGUGUGGUGUAGUAAAAAAAAAAGGAACAGCCCCUUCCCUAAGAAGGGGCAAACUGGCCUAAGAGGCCUGACUUUGAAUCAGUGGAUCUGGUGAGAGAGGACAGGAACAAGGGAGCAGACAGCGGUUCAUGCUUGAGCUCUGAAUCAUCGGAAUGUAUAAAGCAAGUGCUGGGAAACUCGGGGAGCCUUGACACGGAGCAAUCUGCCUGAGAAGCACCUUGGCGGGGAGGAGUUCUGCAUGGGCCGUUUCUUCUCCCACUGCAAGGCUUCGACGGGGGGCUUCUGCGCCUCAGCUUUUAAAAGACCAGAAGGCACCCCCUCUUUGAGUAAACAAGUGAGAACUGAGCUCCCGGAUACCUUCCAAGCAAAGAGCUUCCCAUCUUCUUGAGGGAGCGGAUACCAUGUUCUGCUUCCUUGCCUGCCUGUUAGUCCUUGUACAGGGUGUGCCAACCAGGCCAACGAAGGAAACGGGAUCUCCAGCUCCUGGAGAUGCGAAAGCCCUUUUCCAGUUGGUGAAGCAGCACAUCUGGGAGGAAAAUGUCAACCUCAGUAGCCUGUCCUGCGGGGAUCUGCGUGUCAAGCCAUGGAGCUCCUUGCGCCUCAGAAAUCAGAGCCUGACUUCUUUCCCUGCCUGCCUGCCUGAGCUUCUGGAGCAUUUGGAUCUGAGUGCCAACCUCUUGCCUGAAUUCAACAGCCAGGAUUUGCCAAUGUUGCAAGUCCUCAUCCUAAAGCAGAAUAAGAUCCAGCAAGUGACAUGGGAUGCCAGGAACUUCAGCCGCCUCCAGAUCCUGGACCUGAGCUUCAAUUUGCUAUCAGCCGUGCCCGCAUGUAGUGCACCUGCUCUGCAAAACCUCACGUGGUUUUCUCUAGCUGGAAACCCCAUUGUUGAAAUCCAGCCAUUGGCUUUCUCCUGCUAUCCCCAGCUGCAUUUCCUGAACCUGUCUUCUACUUGGCUGGGGAAGGAUGGGAAAGAGGGGAUUAAGGAAUCUGCCUUUGCGACAAUCUUCCUGCCUGGGGACGCCACCGAAAAGGCAGAAAGUGAUAUCCAUGUGCUGGACCUGAGCGCAACCUAUCUGGAGAGAUUGAAUCAGGACUGGAUCAAAGAUCUGCCCAGGCUCUCAUUCCUUUAUUUAACCAAAAUGAGCAGGCUGAGAAGGCUUGAUGCCAACACCUUCCUGCAUCUUCCUAAACUGAGAUUAUUGGACUGCCGAGAUUCCCAUGCCCUCAGUGUGGUGGAAACAGAGUCUUUCACCCACAUGCCUCACAUGGCUCUCCUCAUAUUCCAAAACUGCAAUUUGAGCUCUUUCAGUCCAUGGAAUCUCAGCUCACCAGAAACCUUAAUAAUCAACCUCUAUGGCAACCCUUUGGUGUGUAGUUGUGCUGUUUCCUGGCUGCUCUCCAAGCCAGACAGAAUAGUUCUACAGAGGGCAUCAGAAACUAUGUGCUACCCAGAGGCCAAAGAAGCAUUUUCAUCUGGACCUAUGCUGCUGUCCAAGUUCUACGCUGAGUGCCAAAGGCAAAGAAUUUCCAACUUCACUCAAGUCAAGCUUUAUGGUACGUCUCCCAGCUUCACCACAGACACCCUUCCAGACUCCAGUACAUUUCCGCAAGAAUGGCCCAGCAGCCCUUCUUCUCCUCAGUGCCCUCAUUUGACUGCUCCAACCAAAGCAGACAUUCUUGCCUACAAAGAUAAAACAUUUGACAGAUCUACAGACAGCCCACCCACCACAGCAGCUCUUCACACAGCAGCUUCCUCAAGAACUCUGGGGGAACUCUCUUCUGAUCCAGCCCUAGUGAGCAGGACUGAAAUGAAUCAAAGGAAACAGGACACCACAGCAGUGGAUGAUUCUAUUGGCCACAUGGACGAAACAUGGUCCCACUUCGCUCCGCUCAGUCCUACAGCUGAAGAAACACCGGCAGAUUCUUCUGUGUUGAUCCCACACAAUACGGUAAGGUCAGCUCAGUCUACGCCACCGCUGCAAAGCCCCACCAAGGCAGUCCCUCUUCUGAAUCUUGCAACCACUCGUAACAGUCCAAAAUCUUACGGCGAUUAUUAUGACUAUGAUAAGCAGGAGGAGGAAUUCGUGACGCAGGGUCUUGGGCCUUGUGAUUACGAUCCAUGCAGACACCUCCAAAAGCCUUGCUUUGAUCUCCAGUUGUCGUCUCUUUGCCUGUGCCCGGGGAUCUCUGAUGAAUUCACCAUCCCAGAUCCUCCGAGGCUCCGCGAGAUAUCUGAAAUUAGGGACACUUCAGCAGAGGUCUGCUGGUGUGCCCCAUAUUCAGCAGUAAGAUUCUACCAGCUUGCUUACCGCCCUCAGGACAGCAAGAAUUUCACUGUAUCUGGAGAAAUUUAUGCCACAGCUAGGCGAUACACACUGUACAAUCUCCUGCCUGGCUCAACUUACCAAGUAUGCAUAAUGGCUUCAAACAAGGCAGGAUUGAGCCAGACUGCAGAUUGGAAUGAGCCCAGUGCUCCAUGCGGUUCCUUUAAAACAAAGUCCAGCUACAAAUCUAUCUUUGCCACUUUGUGUGCAACGAGUGGAUUUUUUCUUAUUGCUACCAUCUUGUUGUCAGUGUGUCUCUGCAAAAAGUGUAAAGGACCCCACAUUGAGCAUUAUAACACACACCUUGUCUCAUAUAAAAACCCUGCUUUUGAUUACUCCUUAAAAUAAAGGUAGACAGGAUUGGCAAAAAAAAUGAAUCUAUUUGAUGGCAUUUGCCUUUUUGUACAGCAAAAGGGAAGAAAACAGUUUAAAAUACCUUUCCUUCUCUGUGAGCUUCUUUCCACAAUUUAAAUUGUUUGCAUAAGUAAAUAAAUAGGAGAAGUAGGCAACAGAAAAGUAUUUCUUUGCUUUUGAAAGUGUCUUUUAAAAACUAAAGUAUUCAUUAAGAUUUUUUGAACAUUGUUAGUUUUGGAAAAAUGAAGGGUUGAAUCUAAAUUUGCAGGGAGGGAUUCCACCCCCAUUAUUCCUUCUCCCUGCAGCUCCCUAAAAGAUUGUGGGCAGUAGGUGAGAGAAUCAGCCAAAGUACUGUACCUCCCACUUCCUCCAUUGUUGGCCAUGAGCCUUCUGUCAGAUGCUGCUGCCACCUUCUUUAACGUGACUCAUUAGUGGAAUCCUGCCCAUUGUGUCCCUUGCACAAUGCCAUGUAUGAAUUUCAAUCCUACAUCGUUUCAUAACAAAAUAUUGUGCGUGCAAUUUUUCAUCGCUAUACAGUGGUACCUCAGUUUAAGUACACAAUUGGUUAAGUCUGUACUUAACCUGAAGUGAACUUUCCCACUGAAAGUAAUGGAAAGUGGAUUAAUCUGUUCCAGACAGGUCCGCGGAGUACUUAAAACUGAAAGUACUCAAACCGAAGCGUACUUAAACCGAUGUAUGACUGUAUCUGCUUUACAUGAGUUUAAAAGCCUUUUUGCAAGGUUGUUGUUCCUAGCACCAUCCUCUAUUUAUUUGGAACAGCCUGUUAUGUAUUUAUGAUAUUGUGAUCUGCAGUAACAAAUAAGUGGUCAGGCUGGAAGCAGAUGCACACAAUAGUGAAGAGAGAUCAAGCUAAGCCAAUACUACCGGUAGCAGCAGCUAGAUUAAUCUAACAGUGAGAUAAAAAUACUAGAAUACUUGUGUAGAAGCCACAUUAGAAAGCCAAUCCAUCUUCACAUUAUUCCUACCAAAGGAGUUGGAUAACAAUUAGCAGCACAAUUUGACACCAAUAGUAGAGUCAUAGAAAAAAAUAUUUUAAAAGUGCAGAGGCACUGACUAUGGACAAGGCUUCACAUCAUUUUUCAGUUCUCUUUAAAACAUUGAGACAUGUGAUAUCUAUUCUUGUCCAGUUGAAAGCAUGUACCUGAGUGCUUCUACAGUACAUCAUGCUCUAUUUUGUCUUGAUAACUUCUUACACUGCAACACAAUUGGACUGCAGCAUUCUGAGGUUACAUAAACUAUCAAGUAUCUUUUCAAUAUACCUUCUUUAUACAAGUUAAAAUAUAUCAAAUGUUUUGUUUUUAUAGUCCAUCAAGCCUUUGAUUCCACAAUAAAUUCACUUCUGGUGAGAUAGCAGCAUAAUCCAACAUGCAAAAGUUCAUUUUCAGUUUAUAAAACCAUUUUACAGGUCAUCUUGCUCACCAUAUGCAAAAGACUACAUGCCUAUAUAGAUGGACUGUGCUCUGACAGGCCAUCAUUUAUCUUCCAUGUCUGAUGUUUUAAACAGGAAAUUUAAGAACUGCCUCCUACUAUUCUAUUUUAAAAAACUAGCAUAUUCAUUUCAUACUGACCACUAAUGCAGAAUUGCUUGUGCUAGAGAAGUCCUAGAGAUUACCUGUGACAUUGCCCAGAAUUUUAACAUUAACUCCCAUUAAAAGCCUAGGUUUUUAACAAAACCCUGAACUUGAGCUUUGUAUCCUAAUCCCUUCAUGUUUUUUCCAUCAGUGGACUUUUCAACAUCCUAUAAGCUAACCACACUGUAAGUCCUUUCUUAGUUUUAACUUCACUACCUUUAUUUUAUUGUGUUUUGUUGAAUAUGGGCAACCAAACUCUUGUACCAUACAGGUAACAAGAGGAGCAUCUGUUCUGGCAAUAUUAGCAGCUCCAUCUACUACUUCAUACAUCAAUUUUAGUAAUCCAGUUUCUUAUCUACUGUGCUACACGACCUUUUUUCAACACAUUUAAUCAUGAUGUUUAAUUUGGUAAGAGACCAUUUAUAUCUUGCCCAAAGUUUCAGGGUUGCCCUGCUUAGUCAGCAGCAUUUAUACAAGAGUUGCAAGGUUAGUGCACAUCAUAAUUUACUAUGUGGUUGAAUAACAAAGGCUGCUCUUUCCUAAACAUUAGACUAUUAAGUAGGGUAGUUCAUGGUUUUAGUUUAAACAUUUUUAUCAACAGUGUAGGGAAGCUAAUCAGGAAGACUUAUACCCAAGGACUGUGACUUUCAAAAGAGUAAAGAUGUAGGCUUCCGUUUGCUUUGCUACAUUAACAUGUUGUCUCAACAGAUUGCCCCACAUCCUAAAAACAAUGAAAUGAGCUGUAAUGUGUUGAAUUCAGAUGCAUCAAGGAGUGUAGCAUAGCUAAACCCCCCCC